UUUUUUUUUAUUGGAAAAGGAACAAGCUCCGCCUCCUCUGCUCUGUCUGGGCAAGGAGUCUCCGCAAAGCGUUCUGUAGCGUGGUGGGUCGUGUUGGCCCCGCUCCGGUUUCCGUAGGUGUGACUUCCGGUUUAGGGAAUCUGCACACCGGAAGUGGCGAAGGGUAGGAGCUGAAGGAGCGGUGCUGAGGGGACCCCCCAAAAUGUUGGUGUUAGUGUUGGGAGACCUUCAUAUCCCGCACCGCUGCAACAGCCUGCCAGCUAAAUUCAAGAAAUUGCUGGUUCCAGGAAAAAUACAGCACAUUCUCUGCACUGGAAACCUCUGCACGAAGGAAAGCUAUGACUACCUCAAGACCCUGGCUGGUGAUGUUCAUGUAGUUAGAGGGGAUUUUGAUGAGAAUUUGAAUUAUCCUGAGCAGAAAGUUGUAACUGUUGGACAGUUUAAGAUUGGGCUGAUCCAUGGCCAUCAAGUUAUUCCAUGGGGCGAUGUGGCGAGCCUGGCAUUACUGCAAAGGCAAUUUGACGUGGACAUCCUAAUUUCAGGGCACACGCACAAAUUUGAAGCAUUUGAACAUGAAAACAAGUUCUAUAUCAACCCUGGAUCAGCAACAGGAGCCUAUAGUGCUUUGGAAAACAACAUCAUUCCUUCAUUUGUGCUGAUGGAUAUCCAAGCUUCCACUGUUGUCACUUAUGUUUAUCAGCUGAUUGGUGAUGAUGUGAAAGUAGAAAGAAUUGAGUACAAGAAAUCUUAAAGCAAUUGUUCUGUUUGGCUUCUCUCUCUCUCUUUUUGCAAAAUGCACUCAAGACUCCACAGUGUUUGCAAUAUGGUUAGCUUAUGAAAUGACUCCUCUUAUCCUGUUGUAGACAACUUAAGUUUUAUAGUACUUGACUUCUUAUAAAGUAUGCCUUGGCUUAACUCUUCUCUUUUGCCAAAAAAGUGUUCAUGCUUGUAAAUACUGUUCAAGGUGCACAGCAAAGUUCUGUCUAUUCAUGUGCAUUAUUCCCUGUCUUGUAAUAAACAAUACUUUAACUUUAA